AAUUGAGCAAAAAUAAUAUAAUAUGAUCUAAAUUACCGGAUCUCGAAAGUUCUAUACCUAGUUUACUGAAAACAACACAACAUGCAACACCAACCGUCUGAUCCAAUUAAUCCAUAAUGAUCCUUCGUUUAUAUGUAUCAUCUCUUUUGGUCGCUUUGUGUCUUUUUUUCUUCACUGCCAACAUAACCGCAGCCGCAGAAAACACAACAAGUACCAUUCAGGAGAAAUUUGUUGUGUUCGAUGGAGAAGGAAAGAGAGAAAGAGUUGGUUGAAUUGUAUGAAACCGCGAAAAAAGCUGCCGAUGCGUCUUCCUCCACCGAUAGCAGCCCAAGCGAAGAAACCCGAUGCCUUGAUGCUCUCGAACAGCUCAAGAAAUUUCCGGUCAAUUAUAAAAUUCUCGUCAAUACUCAGGUGGGAAAACAUCUUAAAAGUCUCACCAAGCACCCUAGACAGAAAAUUCGGGCUUUUGCCAUUGAACUAAUUGAGAUAUGGAAAGGCAUAAUUAUCAAGGAAACAAGUAAAAAUAAGGACGGGGCCUCUGAUUCUAAGGCCGAGUCAACGAAUGGGGAGAGCGCCAAAGCUGGGAAAUUGCAAAAGAGUCCUUCGGUGAAGGUUCAGAAAGGAGAAAGUGUCAAGGUUGAGAAAACUAAUGGGAAUGGUACAUCAAAGCUGAGCUCUGGAAAUGUAAAGGUACAAAAUACGGAUGUCAAAAUUGAGAAAACUGAUCGUACCUCAAGCAUCAAGGCGGAAAAGAUAGCAAAGGAGGAAAAACCAGUUUCUGUGGCCAAGAAAAAUUCAUCCAGCGCUGUUGCACCACCAAAGCUGAAGACUAUGAUCAAAUCAAAUGAUUCAGCGCGAGACAGAAUAAGGGAACUUCUCCGAGAUGCUUUAUCUAAGGUCUUUCAAGAGGCAGAUGAAGAUAUGAUGGAUGAAGUUAAUGCAUCUGACCCUAUUCGUGCUGCAGUGACAGUAGAGUCUGUGUUAUUUGAAAAGUGGGGUCCUUCAAAUGGAGCCCAAAAGGUCAAGUAUAGGUCCUUAAUAUUUAAUCUGAAGGAUCAGAAGAAUCCAGAUUUCCGAAGAAAAGUUCUGCUCGGUGUUGUGGAGCCACAGCGGCUGGUCAACAUGACCUCAGCAGAAAUGGCUAGUGAGCAAAGGAAGCAGGAGAAUGAGAAAAUCGAGCAGAAGGCUUUGUUUGAAUGUGAACGUGGACAACAACCAAAAGCUACUACUGAUCAAUUUAAGUGUGGUCGGUGCGGUAAAAGGCAAACCACCUAUUACCAAAUGCAGACUCGCAGUGCUGAUGAACCUAUGACAACCUAUGUCACUUGUGUUGCCUGCAACAACCGUUGGAAGUUUUGUUAGUGCUGUGGUGACUGGUGAGUCUCACAAGAGCUGUUAUCAGUUGUUUCUGAUAUAGUGUAUGAACGUGCCCCGCAAUACUGUAGCACCAGAAUUUUCUGAUCAGACUGUUACAUUUAGAAAUUGUUUAGGCAUAACUGUGCUUUUAUUCUUUUAGCUUAAGAGUUUUAGCGUUUCUGUAGUUUGUUGUUAUUUUACAAUUUAUUUAUUAUCUGUUAUAAAAUUGCACCAAUGUUUUUCUCAGGUUUUACUAGUCAAUCACUGCAGUCUUUACAGCUAGAAUGGGUUCUGUAGUCAGUAGAUUGAAUUGCAAUUUUUGUGUUGGCCAUUGUUUUCGUCUUUACCAAGAUGUAUACACCACUUCAUUUUUCUUUUGCUGUUUAGUUUA